AUGUUCUUGCUCAAGGAUGUCUUCAGCAAUGCCCUGAUGCGGCCACCAAGGCAACUCCGAAUGGUCGGCAAGGGCAAUUGGAGGGUGGUGUAUGGGUAUAAUGAGAAGAUGGUCAUCAAGCUUGCGGAUGCUCCGCACGGCAAUGAAGCGCUGAUGUCCACCUUGUUCCCGUCCAUUACCGCUGAAGUGGUCUGGCAAGGCAAAGUGCAUGUUGCUAUGCAAGCUGGCCCUGCCACUGAGCUGGUCACUUUUUACGGCCUGGUGCAAAAGCGCUCUGAGCUUGCUGUGGAGCGCUUUAAAAGCAUGGGCAAAGAGCAGAUCAAGGAGUUCCUCUUCUACGUUGGGGCAGUCCUAACGUGGGUGGAGAGCAAAAACGUCUCAAUCUGCGAUGUUGGGCCCAGCAACCUGGCUGUAAACCCGGCGUAUGCCGACCCGCCACGCCUUCUCCUUGUGGACACACAGGAUUGGUACCAGGCAGGGGCACAGCGAAAGAAAGGUUUCUCCGGGAUGCUGCGCUUAGCUUACAGUGUAUGCCCAGAAGAUCUGGCGCCGGCCUACCACCAUGUCUUGCGUCAACAGGGCUGUGCCAUCCACAAUGGCGAACUGGCCACCACCUUCAACAGGGACACGAACGAAGCAAGCCCCGGAGCAGUGGAUGCCACGCCCAGAG